AUGGCUCCAAAAAAGCCAGCAGUGAAAGAAACCAAGAAGGCCGCAGCAGCUCCUGCAGCUCCAGCCCCAGCACCACAGCCUCCAGCACCAAAGAAUCCUUCAGUACCUGUGAGUGUUUCUAACUCUGUGUUUCAGACUGAAUUUAAUGCAGACCAGAUUGAUGACUUCAAAGAGGCAUUCUUACUGUUCGACAGAACUCCCACUGGGGAGAUGAAGAUCGCUUUUUCGCAAUGCGGGGAUGUUAUGAGGGCUCUGGGUCAGAACCCCACCAAUGCAGAGGUCUUAACUGUUCUGGGGAAGCCAAAACCAGAGGAGAUGAGCAACUUGAUCGAUUUUGAGACCUUCCUGCCAAUGUUCCAGCAAGUCUCAAAGUCUAAGGAUAAAGGCACGUUUGAGGACUUUGUGGAGGGGCUUCGUGUCUUUGACAAAGAAGGAAAUGGAACAGUCAUGGGUGCUGAACUCCGUCAUGUCCUUGCUACUCUAGGUGAGAAAAUGUCUGAAGGAGAGGUGGACCAGGUGCUUGCAGGACAGGAAGAUGCAAGUGGUUGUAUCAACUAUGAGGCCUUUGUCAAACACAUCAUGGCAGGCUGA